GAUUUGAUUUGCUCCCUUAGUUGCACUUUAAUGGCAAAGAAAAGAUAAAGAUCCUCUUUUUCCCCGGGAGCCAAUCAGAUGGCCCAUGCACGUCAAUGCUACAGAAUCGAGCGUAGCUAUUGCGGCGCAGAGCACAUGUCAUUAGUGUCCGGGUGCGAGACGGCAGGAAGGGGGGUUGAAACAUCGAGAGAAACGCACACGCUCACACACUCCCUGGAACAAAAAGUCCAUCCGCGAAAGCAUACCAAAAUGACCAGUCAGUACGAGGAGGACACUGCGGACAAAUCCGACUGUAAAAGUAAAUCGCCAACUUUGCUCUCGUCCUACUGCAUAGACAGUAUCCUGGGCCGGAGGAGCCCCUGCAAAAUGAAAUUGAUCGGAGCACAAAGUUUACCAACUCUGGCUGGCAGAUCGGAGAACGAGAGGGUGACCGAAGCCUCCCCUACAGACAGCCUGUCCUUCGACUCCGAGAUCCACCUGCCGCCGAAGCUUCGCAGACUCUACGGCCAAGGAAAGUACUUGGACCCCGUGAGAGUAUUUCACGAGCAUGGGGAGCAGGGAGAGCGCGAGCGGUUACUUGACCAGACCUGUGAGAACCUCAAAAUUAUCCAGGCGCCGCAGGUCAGUAUCAGCCGCAGCAAGUCCUACAGAGAAAACGCGAGUUUCAGCCAGAAGGUGCGUGACGCCAGCCCAGAGCGCGCCGCCGAGGAGCUUGUGGAGAUGGGCACGCUGAAGUUCGAGGAGGAGGUGAAAGAGGAGCCGUGCGGGGAGUCGGACCUCUCCCCCAAGGAGGCAGAGGGCCUUCACAACGAUGGGGAUGUUAAAGACGGAGAGGACAGCGUGUGCCUGUCCGCGGGCAGUGACUCGGAGGAGGGCAUGCUCAAGCGCAAGCAGCGGAGAUACAGGACUACCUUCACCAGUUACCAGCUGGAGGAGCUGGAGAGGGCCUUCCAGAAGACGCACUACCCUGACGUGUUCACCAGAGAGGAGCUGGCAAUGCGAUUAGACUUGACUGAGGCCCGAGUUCAAGUCUGGUUCCAGAACCGCCGGGCCAAGUGGAGGAAGCGGGAGAAGGCGGGAGUCCAAACACACCCCUCAGGGCUGCCGUUCUCCGGCCCGCUGGCGGCCGCCCACCCACUGAGCCACUACCUUGAGGGCAGCCCCUUUCCCCCCCACCACCACCCUGCCCUUGAGUCUGCCUGGACUGCUGCCUUUCCAGGCCUGCCUCCCCCACCAGCCAGCUCAGCACCCCCACUGGGCUUGGGCACCUUCCUUGGGGCAGCAAUGUUCAGACACCCUGCCUUCAUCAGCCCCACCUUUGGCAGGCUCUUCUCCAUGGGCCCCCUGACCAGUGCGUCCACAGCAGCCGCGCUCCUGCGGAACCCCGCCCCGCCAACGGAGGGCCCUGGACAGGCAGCGGCGCUGCCAGACCCUUCCUCCUCCUCCUCUUCAUCGUCAUCAGCGGCAGCAGACCGGCGUGCUUCCAGCAUCGCAGCACUCAGGCUGAAGGCCAAGGAGCACUCGGCACAGCUAACGCAGCUCAGCAUCCUGCCGCCCGGGGGUGCCGGCAAGGAGGUGUGCUGAGACGCCCACCUCCAGGCCCCACAACAUGAGCACGACCAAAUUUUAGGAGGACUGGAAUCUGGAAAAUUCCGGAGACCUGCCCCCAUAUGACCCCCCCCUCCCAGUGUCACCAUGUACCCAUUAACCUGCAUGGGUCUGAUACUGCAGAAGAAUGAUGACCUCUGACCUUUAACCCUGUGAGUUGAUCCUUUUUUUUUUUGAGAUCCUGGGCUCUCUUCACCCCCCCUCCAAUGUAUGGCUGCAGGUCUUCAUUUUGAACUCCUCCACCCCAUCCUGAAUGUGGGUCUUGAUUCUGGUCUUUGCCCCACCCACUGUCAGUGUGGACUGCCAAGCUCAGGUGUCCAGCAGCCAAAGCUUCCUGUCACCCUUGCUUCCACUUCCUGUGGCAUCUGGGCCCUUAACACCCCCCCCCACCAGCCAGACCCCUGGGGGCACUGCAGGUGCGGUGAAGCCUGGGUGUAUGGGGGAUGGGCGGGCACUGAGGGCAGCAUGCCAAAGGGAAAUGCCCUCUACCAGGACACAUGAUCUCUGCCAACUAUGAGGAAUUCUACGCAUCACUCGAAACAAUUAUUUGGAUUUAGAAAAAAAGACACGCGAGUGAGAGAAAAAGAAUCCUGUAUAUUUGAAAAACGUUUGAAGACGUUGCACUUGAUGUAGUUUUGUCUGAAUGUUGCUCUGUAGGAUUUUCCUGUGUUCAUGAGAUAUUAGGUUCUAGCAUUUUAUUUAUGUCCAUCCUCUAUUUAACGUGCAAGCUGGAGGAGGCUGCGGACGGCAGAUGUCGUUUCUUCUGUAGCGCGUCUGUACUCUUCCAUCCGGACGGGGCCCCGAUGCAGAAAUAAAACCAAACCGCAGAGGAGAAGCACCACCUUAGUUCGUCUGCACUGUACAUAAAGCGUGCACUGAAAAAUGGUUGUUUGACUACGUCCCUUCAUAUAAUUUAUCAUACGGAAUAGGCACGGUACAUCCCCGUGUGCGUUUCCUUUUCAGGCAAUUUCUCUUCCUUCUUUUAGGAAAGAAAUUUUAGGUAAUAAAGGGCAGUAGAGUCGUAGAAAGACUGGAGUCAGUUUUUCUUGUAAACAGAAAAAAAUGAUUAUUUAGAAUUUAUUUAGAAUAAAAGAAUUUAACGAAUCAAUGGGAUAAAAUAAAAAUAUGACAACUCCA